GGCAAGAGCUGGCACUUCCUGGUUUCUUUUCCUUUUGUCCGCAAUUUUGCGACUGCAGUGGAGGUCUGACAGAGUCGCAGUGGUGUUGGGAUGCUUUUGGUCAAGAACUACAGUCCCUGACUCUGAUGGAGGCGCUGUACUUUAUGAGGAAUUUGGCGGUGCAGGUGGUGGAGAAGAUCGCCCUCAUGCCUCAGGUGCUGCGGUCCGAUUUCAACUGGGCAGCAGCUCUUCCACCAGAGCUGCCGGUGGACGCAGCGAAGGUGAUGUGCGGCCGGUCCGGAGAUCACAUCUCGGUGAUCUACUUGUCCGAACCGGUGGCUCGGGUCUCCGAUGAGACAUUGGAGGCCCUUUGCCAGGCGGUUAAAGCUGUGCCCUUCAUCCCGCGUAACUCGGACGAGAUGGCGCCUGAAGGGCGGGUGUGGGUGGGCGGCCUAAUGGGCGAUGCCCUCAUGACGCAGAUCAUGGAAAACUGGGCUCAAUGGCAACGGUGGCCUGGGUUGCCCGACAGCCUGGCAGAUGUGGAGCGCAUUUGCGAGCUCCUGCGCCCAACCUCAGAGAUGUUUGGAUUCAAUUCGUCAUCCAGUGCAUACAAGCCACGCACCCACUGCUACCAUGCCAUGGGGACGUACGGGCAGCACGACUGCGUGUUCUCCGUAGUCCUUCGAUUUAAAAUUAAGGAGGACGUUCUCGAUUUUGCUCGUGCUUGUGGUGACUUCCUGGGGCACAAGAUGUGCUGCGAUCUGAGACACAUUAGUUCUGAUUGUGACAGUCUGCGCAAUGAGGUCGUGGAGGCUUUCAAUGAAG